GUUAUUAGUCAGACAGUUAUGUCACAGUUGAUUUUUAUAUCAUUCUUUAUUUUUGGACAUAAAACGCAAUAGUUUGAGUCAUAAAAAACCUUAAAAUUAGGCCUGUAUUUACUUUAAGGUCACAAAAAAUGGGCAUUCUUUGUGCGUACCCUCCUAGAAUCAAUUAACGCUACGCCACUCGUUUACAGAAGAGCAGUCGCACUUCAAAGGAGGAAACCCCAACCUUCAUGAACACUGGAGCACACAAUCACCAGCAGAAAUCGGUAAAGUGUAAAGAGUCUAGAAGCAGAAAUAAUUAUUUUCCUGCAACACAACACGAAAACAGAGUAUAUCUAACGGGUUAUCGUCACGCUGACUGGAGCCUACGCACGCAGUCACCUUUGUAAAACAAAAAUUUAACAUUAUAAAUGUCAAACAGUUAAUGAAAAAGUGUUGAUAUUCAAAAUUAAUCAUCGAAAAUAGUGUAAUUUUUCGUUUUUUAUUAAGAAACCGUGUGCCACAAUAGGAAAAGUACUUUUUGUAUGAUAAAAGUGUGUUUUACAGUUAAAAAUGGAGUUUAAUUACAACAUCAAUGAAAUUUUUAAGUCUCCAAUAGUGGAAAUAAAUCAUAGCCUCAUUCCACCUGGUUAUACAGGAGAUAGAAGAGCAUUAAGGGAUGUCGUAACCAAAGUAUCGGAUAUUGUGAAUGCGAUGGGAGAGGCUUCUGCGUCAGCUCAAGGACUCACUAAGCCAGUAACUACGGCAGACAGAUUACGGAAUUCCGAACACAAACUCUAUUUUCUCAUCGAUAACAAUGCGAACGGGGGAAGAGGUGCAGUUACGGGGAUGUUAAAAACCGGAAACAAAAGUUUAUACGUUUUUGACAGAGAUGGAGUUCAUUAUCAGGUUGCUCCGCCUUGUUUACUGGACUUUUAUAUCCACGAAUCUCGGCAGCGUAAUGGUUUAGGGAAGCAACUGUUUGAAUAUAUGCUACAGCGAGAAAAUGUGGAACCUGUCCAAAUGGCAAUAGACAGACCUAGCGAGAAAUUAUUGGGAUUUUUUAACAAACAUUAUCAACUCAACGAACCUGUCAAACAGAUGAAUAAUUAUGUUGUUUACGAUGGAUUCUUUCCAAGCAAAGAACAAAUUGCUCCUCCAGAACCGGAAAUAGAAGAUGCGAGAAGUGUAACAAACUUUAAGAAGAAUUCAGCUAAUGGACUACAAGCUUUCCAGGCUCCUUUGGGAAGAUAUGGAGCUCCCAGACCACCGUGCAGUAUGGGACAGAUAAUCCAUAACCAGUCAACUAUGGACCAACGAAAGGAACCGGCAGGUGUUCAGUCCCUUCCCGCUACAAACUAUGUUGGUACGUCCUAUAGUCCUCAAACCAACUCGUACAAGACCCAAAGCACUCCCAAUAUGUAUUACGGAAAUCAGUAUCAAAAUAACUUAAAUCAAUAUCAAAGUAACGUGGUGUCCAACCAAGCUCAAGUUGAUUCCGCUAACAUACAAAAUGUAAACUACCAAAACCAAAAUUAUUCUUAUCCUACUUCGAAUGUCAAUAAUACGUACAAUACGACUGCAGCGAAUGUCAAUGAAUAUCCGAAUCAAAUGAAUUAUACUGGUUAUCCACAUCAACAAUCUGGUAAUGGUAAAUGGGCAAUGGGAGAUAGCCAAAAUGUCCAGACAGACCAACAGUAUCAGACAACUGCUCCAACAAUAUCUUCCGCAAGAGUAGCUAAUGGAAUAAUUGAUCACGGUCAAGCUGAUAGGUCUGUAAAUAAAGAUCCUCUGAUUUCUUCACAGGAUUCAAGGGUUUCUCAAGGUUUGAAUCAGCAACAUUACAAUCCUUCUCAAAUGACACAAUCGGCAAUUUAUCAACCUACACAUUCUACCUAUUCAGUGCAAGGUUUACGGCAACCUCAAAUUGCACAAACUGUACCAAACCUGAGUAUUCAACAACGAUACCCUACUGAUAUUCAACAGUCACAAACGUAUGUAAAUCAACCAAAUCAACAGAAUAUGAUAAUUCCCAAAGAGACGACUCAAACACCUGUUGCUUCAAUGCACCAAUUGAAUCAGCCCCAAUCUCCAGUUAUGCUAAAUGUUGUACCUCAGCAAUAUACCCAUCAACAAAUGCAGCAAGAAGUUAAGUAUAAUCCUUCCUUGGUACCACCAUCAAAUUCUUUUGAGAAUCCGAGGCAAUUUACACAACCUCAAUCACAGCAGGUAGCAGCUCCAACACAACAGUAUAAUUCAAUUACUCCUCACGUUCAACAACAAAAUGGAAUGGGUGAUUCUAACCUCCAGAACCAGUCUCAUCAACCUCAAGGACAUUCACAGCAACAAUACUAUAGUCAACAAGUGGCUACAUCUGGGGAUUCCAGGCAACAAUAUCUCCAAACAGAUCAAAAUCAAGUAACUCAUUUAAACAUUAAACGGAGUGAAAGUACAAACCCUAUUGCAUCUACUGUUCAGAUGAGUCCAAAUGUAAAGCCUGAAUUGUCGAAGACUCAAGUACCCGAAAUACCUCAAGCAAAUUAUGUACCUGGUAUAGGUGAAGCACGUACUGAGCAACAAUUCCAUAGUCCCCUUAAUGCAGCUGGUCAAACGAAUCUUCAGUAUUCACAAAACCAACCUAAUUGGGAACAAAAUAGAAUUGGUACUGUAAUUCAAUCAGCACCAUAUAAUCAAGCAGAACAGAGAAAUGAACAAAGUAAACUAACCCAGUUACCGCAAGGACACCAGUUUAAUGUUGCCCAUCAAACUGUUGAAAAUCAGUCGCAAUCCGUUCAACAGUUUCAAAAUAAUGAGCAACGAUUCCAAAACCACGAAAAUACAGAUACUUCACGUGGUUUGGACGUAAGAGAUACAUUUGGACAAAAUUUGAGCCAAACAAAUAAUCAAAAUCAAGAAAGCGUCCAACCAAAUUAUCAUAUGAUGAAUGCUUCUAAUACUAAUACAUUUAAUACUCAAAAUCAUAGUUUACCUGCACCCAAACAUGCUGAAAUUCAACAAAGUAUGGGAGAAAUUCAUCCGACUUCAUCUUACCAGUAUGUUCAAGCUAACUCUGGAUCGUAUCGUCCACCACAGCAAAUUUCUUCUUUACCAAAUUCAACACAGGAUCAAAACAUCACAUCUACUGGAGUAGCGCAACAAUCACACCAGACAGUAAACAGACAGCAGAGCACAGCUCAUUAUGCUCAACAAUUAAGACCAAUUGGGCAAUUUCAAGCACAAGGAAUCCCCGUAUCUUCAAUUACAACUACUGACUCAAUUGCUGCUCAACAACCGUCAAUACCAACAAAUCAAUAUCAACAAAAUUACCAAAAUCAACCCACUACAGCUGAAGCAAACCAAACACACCUUAACAUUAAUCAACUUAGUACAUACCAAGAAAAUGCCCAAAUCAGACCUAGUCAACACCAGUUAAACUCCCAACAGAGUUCCGCAUACACCCAACAAAAUAUUGGCCAGUAUUUGCACAAUCCUAAUAGCCCACCUCAACCACAAGCACCCAUAUUAAUGCAACAACAUACGCCAGUGCUAAAUACGGUACAGGGAAACGUAUCUGCAACUACUGCAGGCCAAAUUGGGUACCAGCUAAAGCAACAUGAACAAAUACAACCGAAGCAAGCUGGAGAUUAUUUGGCACAGCCACAUUCCAACCCCUCGUUUCAAGGAAAUACUGCUGGUCAAGUUGGGUACCAGCUAAAGCAACAGGAACAAAUACAACCGAAGCAAGGUGAAGAUUAUUUGUUGGCACAGCCACAUUCCAACCCAUCGUUCCAAGGAAAUACUGCUGGUCAAGUUGGGUACCACCUAAAGCAGCACGAACAAAUACAACCGAAGCAAGCUGGAGAAUAUUUGGCACAGCCACAUUCCAACACAUCAUUCCACGGAAAUAUAAACAAGCAGACUAAAACAACUAAAUCCGCUGCGGAAUUAUUUAAAACGAAUGCUUUUCAACCGACUUCAAUUUCAAAACUGGCCAAACGGCACUUAAAUAAGAUAACACAGCCUACUGAAUGCGAUCUUAUAUAUGGAUACCCUCCCCAAAGAAAUGAGUCUCCUAUUUUAAACGCUCCGAUUCCUAGUAUAAGACAGCGAUCAUAGAUACUAAACCGAUAAUCCUAUAGUUCCUUCUAAAUCCUAAUAUUCCCAGUUCCCCCAGGGCACGAAUAGCAUCCAAAUAAACUUAAAAUAAACAAUAGACUUAAUAAAACAAUAUUCCAGUGAUGUACAAAACGCCGAAGUGAUACAACCCACAACAGUUCAGAAGCUAGAACGCCCUCGUUCUCUCAUCAUCCAACAAGAAGAACCUCGUAAGGAAGACGAACAAGUCGAAGAAAAGGAACUGGAGGAAUUAGGCAACGAUUCUCCGAUCGAGGACGACGCUUUAGACUCGUUAGAACUAGCCGUGGAGAAUUUGGACGUAGGCGAAGCUGAGAAAAUUAAAGUUAAGGGUGCUACGGAAAACUUCUUAUACGGAGACGACGACGGGCCGUCGCCUAGGAAAACCCCCAGCCAUUUAACCGAGCAGGGAUAUUUCGACUUGAAAUUUUACCAUAAUAAACUUUGGUGAAUUUUGUCAAAAUAAAAUUUUCUGGUUCGAGUUUU